AUGGAAAUGCUCAUUGCAUUUCUCAUACUAUUUCUACUCUUAGGGUUUAUACUAAUCCAAAUCCUAAAACUCAAAACCACUUCUUCUUCUAAUCUGCCUUCGUAUCCACUCAUCGGAUCUACUCUCUCCUUCAAUAAAAACCGUCACCGUCUUCUUCAAUGGUAUACCGAUCUCCUCCGUAAGUCUCCGUCACAAACCAUCACCGUCGAUCAUCUCCUCCGUCGCCGGACUAUUAUCACGGCAAACCCCGAAAACGUUGAGCACAUUCUCAAAACAAAUUUUUACAACUUCCCUAAAGGUAAACCUUUCACCGACCUCCUCGGAGAUCUACUCGGCGGCGGAAUUUUUAACUCUGACGGCGAGUUAUGGAGCUCGCAGCGUAAACUCGCGAGCCACGAGUUUACAAUGCGCUCCCUUAGGGAAUUCACUUUCGAAAUCCUCCGCGAAGAAGUCAAAAACCGGCUAGUUCCGGUUCUUUCCUCCGCGGCGGACGGUGGUCGGACGGUGGAUUUUCAAGAGGUUUUAAAGCGUUUUGCUUUCGAUGUUGUUUGUAAAGUCUCCUUGGGUUGGGAUCCGGAUUGUUUGGAUUUGACCCGACCCGUUCCGGAUCUGGUUAAUGCUUUUGAUGUAGCAGCGGCGAUUAGCGCUCGCCGUGCGACGGAGCCUGUUCAGGCUGUGUGGAAGCUGAAGCGUUUGUUGAACGUAGGGAGCGAGAGGAAGCUUAGAGAAGCGAUCAGGACCGUACACGAGUCUGUCUCUGAGAUCAUCCGUGCCAAGAAGAAGAUCCUCGAAAUCGGUGGUGACGUGUCGGACAAGAAAGACCUCUUGUCCAGGUUUCUCGCCGCCGGUCACGACGAGGAAGCCGUGAGGGAUAGUGUAAUCAGCUUUAUUAUGGCGGGAAGGGAUACCACCUCGGCGGCGAUGACGUGGCUUUUCUGGUUGUUGAGUGAGAACAAUGACGUGGAGGAGAAGAUACUAGAAGAAGUGAGAAACAAAAGAUCUUUAGGGUUAGGGUUUGAGGAUUUGAGAGAGAUGAGUUACACGAAAGCAUGUCUCUGUGAAGCAAUGAGGCUUUACCCACCAGUGGCUUGGGACUCAAAGCAUGCAGCAAACAACGACGUUUUACCAGACGGGACACGUGUCAGAAGAGGAGACAAAGUGACUUAUUUCCCUUACGGUAUGGGAAGGAUGGAGAAAGUUUGGGGUCAAGAUUGGGACGAGUUUAAACCGGACCGAUGGUUCGAGGAAGAACCGAAUUACGGUACCAAACCGGUUUUGAAAAGCGUGAGCUCUUUCAAAUUUCCGGUUUUCCAAGCCGGACCAAGGGUUUGUAUAGGGAGAGAAAUGGCGUUUUUGCAGAUGAAAUACGUGGUGGGUUCGGUUUUGAGUCGGUUUGAGAUUAUACCGGUUUGCAAUAACCGACCGGUUUUUAUUCCUCUUUUAACCGCUCACAUGGCUGGUGGACUAAAGGUGAAGAUCAAGAGGAGAUAG